CUUCGUCAUCCAUUACUUGUAAUUGGUGAAACAGGAUCGUGUAAAACUGCUACAAUUGAGAGUACAUUGAAUUCAUUAAAUCGUGAUAAAUACAGUACAUUGAUAGUGAAUUUUUCAUCACGUACAACUAGUUAUGAUGCAAUGCGUGUUAUUAACUGUAAUGUAGAAAAACGUGCAAAAGGUGUAUAUGGUUCAAUUCCUGGAAAAAAAUUAGUUCUAUUUAUUGAUGAUAUGAAUAUGCCACAG